GAUUCGACACAGCAAAUAAAUAGCUCUGAUAUUCAAGAGAUUGUAUCAAUCUGUAAUCAUAGUCUAUAUAGAAUGAAAAUCUUUAUAGUGUGGUGCCUCCUAAUGGCUUCGGUAGAGAUGAAGCUACGACCAGACGUUAUCAUUGCCUGGGAAAACUAUCACAUCCCACAUUUUGAUAAGUGUGUCGAAGAGGCGGGCGUGGAUCCCAUGAUUCCGAGGUUAAUGUUUAGGGAAAUAAAUUUUCCAGACGAGGGAGACUUUCACUGCUACCUGAAAUGUGUUUUUAAACAGAACGGGUGGUUGACAGCAGAUGAAGACAAUCUUAACUUCGAUACUUUAUCGCAAGCUCUCCACGUGACACCGGAUUUGAUAAAGUUUUGUAUAGAUUUAGUUGCCUCUGAACCAGAAAUAUGUAGAAAGGCCUACUUGGCAGUUAAGUGCGCAGUAGACGACCAACUUUCAUCAAUGCGUCGAUAAUUGAAUAUCGUAGCUUAACGAAUCGAUUACGUACUUUGAACAAGCACCUUCUAUGUACAUCAUGUAAAUAAAUUGCUGUUGUUGAUUA